GCGGUGGCGAUGGGACUCAAUCUGCUGGGGCUGCUGCCUCUGCGCCUGCCGUCCGCGUUUGGCGGGUUUGACGCGAAGCAGGCGGCGGCGCGGCUGCCCAGCGCCGUGCAGAUGUUCCUGGCGGGGGCCGCCUUUGCCUUCGUGGCGUCGCCCUGCGCCACGCCUGUGCUCGCGUCGCUGCUGGCGUAUGUGGCGUCCACCGGGGACGCGGUGCUGGGGGGCGGGCUGCUGCUGGUGUACUCGCUGGGCUUCAUGUCGCCCCUCAUGCUGGCCGCCGCAUUCACGGGCGCGCUCAAGCGCCUGCUGGCGCUGCGGCAGCACGCGCUGUGGAUCAACCCCGCCAGCGGCGCGCUGCUGCUGGGCUCGGGCACCUACGCCCUGCUGGACCACUCCUUCCCCGACACGGCCGCGCUGCCCUUCAUAGCGCUCUGACCUCACCAUCGUGCUCGCUGCUCACACAUACAUGCCCCGUCAACCCCCAGUGAAACGUGCCUGGCUGUCACGUGUAUAUACCAAUUGCUUUGCAUUGCAGAUGACAGCUCCGCUGCGUUAUUUACACACCCCGGUAUGGCAACAGUGUGUGCAAGGGGUGCAAAAGGGUGGAUGUGGCCAUGACACGCUUCUGUGACAGCAGCCUGGAGAACAAGGUGCAUCUACUGAUGCAGGUGGAACAAAGAACGCGGCGGGUGGCGAGUGCCUCAGUGGCAAGGACUGUUUCCAUGCGCUGGUAGGCAUUUCAUUUAUGGUAGCUGCGGUCUGAGAGAGCAUCCAAUGAGAGUGCACUAGAGCACUGCGCUGCUGGUAAUUCAACACAAAUGCCCUGAAC